AUGUCACCAAAGCCUGCAGCAAACGUUCCACUUAAUGGUGAAAUGCAGAUGCUGAGCCUGUGGUUUGUGACCCUUCUCUUGGUGGGGACCUCCAGUGCUGGGACCCCGGCACCUGUCUCUCAGAACGACCUGGUGGGCAUCGUGGGUGGCCACAAUGCCCCCCAGGGGAGGUGGCCGUGGCAGGUCAGCUUGAGGGUCUACAGCUACUACUGGGCUGCCUGGGUGCACAUCUGUGGGGGCUCCCUCAUCCACCCACAGUGGGUGCUGACUGCUGCCCACUGCAUUGGCCGGAAAGAUGCUGACCCAUCAGCCUACCGGGUCCAGGCUGGGAACAUUUUCCUCUAUGGGGACACGAAGCUGCUGCGUGUGAACCGGGUCAUUGUCCACCAUGACUAUGUGAAUGYCUUCUUGGGCUCAGACGUGGCCCUGCUGCGUCUGGAGAAACCUGCAGUGUGCUCUGCCAACAUCAAGCCCGUCAGGCUCUCCUCCCUGUCUGAUAGUGUCACCCCAAGGGACCAGUGCUGGGUGACUGGCUGGGGCGCCAUCAGCAUGUUUGGCUCCCUGCCCCCACCCUUCCGCCUGCAGCAGGUGGAGGUGCAGGUGGUGGAGAAUGCAGUCUGUGAGCAACAGUACCACAACGCCAGCAGGCACCGACACAGGGACCAGAGAAUCAUCUUGGAUGACAUGCUGUGUGCGGGCAGUGAGGGCCGCAGUGCCUGCUAUGGUGACUCUGGAGGGCCCCUGGUGUGCAAGGUGACAGGCUCCUGGAGCUUGGUGGGAGUGGUCAGCUGGGGCAAAGGCUGUGCCCUCCGUGACAUUCCUGGGGUCUAUGCUCGGGUCCAGUCCUUCGUGCCAUGGAUCCAGCAGCAGAUGAGGAGGUACACCUGA